AGCCUAUGUCACCCAACAUCAGCUGCCCACAACAACCUCUCGCCAUGCACUUUGGUCCCAUGUCUCCCUCUCUGGACCCUGCUCUCUUCUUCAGUCCAUCAGCCAGUGGCCAGCUGAACCUCAGUGUGCCCAACCGUCUGACCCAGCUGCACCCACAGCACCAGCGCAUCCUGACCCAGCGGCAGCAGCAGAGCAUCUCUUCCGGGAAGCUGUGGUCUCCUAAAGUGGACUCUAAUGCUGGGCUGAUGACCUCCAAGGAGAAGGACUGGGUCAUCAAGGUGGAGAUGAUUCAGCUGCAGAGCGAGAACAUGGAUGAUGAUUACUACUACCAGAUGUACUACCACCGCCUGGAGCAGCGGCAGGCGGAGGAGGAGCUGCUCGGGUGGCGCAACCGGCAGGAGCCGCCGAAGCUGGUCACGCCGUUCAUCCAGAAGGUGGAGACCUAUAACUCCGUGGUGCGCAUCGCGGGCUCGUUGGGUCAGGUCGCUGUGUCCACCUGCUACAGCCCGCGCCGGGCCAUCGAUGCUGUGCACCAUGCCCUGGUGGAGGAGGCCACGGGGAGCCACCGUCUUCGGGCAUUGCACAAGAUCGAGAAGCUCUUCCUGCAGCUGCUGGAAGUGGAGGAGAUGCAGCGGAAGAUGUCCCUGGCUGCAGAGGAGCAGGAGCAGAAGAGCCAAGAAGCAGAGCGUAUCUACCAAGCCUUGAAAAUCAGGGCUUGUAGCAGUGAAGAGGAGGCAGAGGAUGAAUUUCUACAACUCCUGUGUGUGCAGAAAGGCAAGAAGCUCACUGCCCGGCUCCUGCCCCACCUGAGCCCGGAGCAAGCGGAGAAGAUCCUGCUAACCAUCACCCACCACCUGCCCUUCCUCAUGAAGAAGGAUGUGUUGGAUGAGGCAAGCAUCUCCAGCAGGGCUGGGGCAUCCCAGGCUGUCUCCUUCCCAUCUGCUCCUGCUGCAGGGGCACCCUACAUGUCCAGGCAGCUGGGGGAGGUGUGGUGUUGGCCUUUGUGUCCCCCCAGGCCUUGGGAUGGGGCUGGGGCUGUGCCAGGUCAAAGAGUCUCAGAUCCUUGCUCUCCCCUCUGCCCUGUGCAGUCUCUCCCCCUGCUCUACAGCCCACUGAACAAGGUGGUGGGCAGGAUGACCUUCAGCAAACUCAUCGAGGUCCUGCAGGAGAUGAGCAGGCCCCUGCCCGAGUCCCCUGAGCUCCCCAUCACAAUGGCCUUGAAGAACCAGUUUGGGAUCUCCUUGCUCUACUCCCUGCUGAGCCAUGGUGAGAAGCUGCUAUCCUCUGACACACCGCUGGAGCCAUGCAGCGGGGACUUCGAGACAUGGACGGACGUGGUGUUCCUGGUAGCCCGGGAGCUGUCACAAGUGCCCAAGGCCUCACUGGUGGAGCCUCUCUUCUUGCCCAGCAACCUUCUCUCGCUCUUCUGUCGCUACCUGGACAAGCAGACUGUCCACCACCUGGAAGCCAAGAUGGAGUGA